AUGUCUACCAACGAAUGGAAACUUUACAACUACACCCCUCUGCUUUGGGUAAACCUAGUACAGGCUGGCAAAUAUGCUCUUCUACUUUCGGUUCUGAUCGGUCUAAUGAUUUUUGUAAAAAUAAAAUACAACAAGUAUUUGUCAAAACAAAAACUGAAUAGAUACCUAGGUGUUAUGAUUCCUUUUACAAUUGGCUUGGCUAUGGAAUGUAUUGGCUAUAUAGGAAGAGCAAUGGGCCAUUCUGACCCACAAAAUUUGGGUGCGUAUAUCCUUCAGUCUCUCUGUUUGUUACUUGGUCCGACAUUCAUGGCUGCUUCCAUUUAUAUGCUUUUCGGAGAGAUCGUUAAAACCUUAGACGCAAGCCAUCUUUCAAUUAUCCCAAUAACGAAGCUCACUAAGAUCUUUGUGGCAGGCGAUAUCCUUUCGUUACUUUUGCAGAGUGGUGGAGGAGGAUUGAUGGCUCUGAGUUCUAAAGCAGAUUUCGGUGAAAAACUUGUCAUUGGAGGCUUGACAGUGCAGCUCAUUUUCUUUGGUUGCUUUAUGGUCUGCGUCGUACUCUUCUUCCUUAAGUGCUCCCGUUACCCUACUAAGUUGGCAAACUUGUCAAGUUCCUUGAGCAGGUAUAUGAACAACUGGAAGGUACAUCUUUUGCUGUUGGUUAUAGCUUCCUUGUUAAUCUUUGCUAGAUCAAUUUAUCGUUUACUUGAAUUUGUUGAAGGAAGAGACGGAAAGCUAAUGUCGUCAGAAGAGUACCUCUUUCUUCUCGAUAGUCUUUUUAUCACAUUCGCCGCUCUUACUUUAUUGAGC